UCUUCCUUUUACCAAAUCCACCAUUAUCACCAUAGAAGGAGAGAGAUAAACUCAGAGCUCGAGUCCUCCUUCUGAUAUAAAAACCCUAGAUUCCUUCUCUAAAACCCUCAACGAUUCCCCACUCAGAGACGACAAUGCUCCAACCUUCCUCUUCCUCUCUUUUCUCGAGAAUUCUCGGGACUUUCUUGGUUUAAAGAUCGUUGUUUAGUUGCAAAGAAAAAAAAGAAUCAGAGACAAUCCAUUGUUUUUUUCUUUCUCAUUGCUUGCCAUGGAACUGGGUAAAUCUCGAUUGAACUCCUGCAAUUGCUUUUCUCCCUCUAGAUUCUCCGAUUAUUCUUUAGCUGGAAGUGAUUAUCCAGACGCCAUAGCCAUGAAUUUCGAUUGUAUUCCCAAACCUUCUUCUGUUUCUUGUAUCAUCAUCGCUCACGAUUUCUCGUUUUUCUCUCUUCUCCUUUCAAUUCGAUGCUUAUAAAUAAACUCCCAAAUCUCUCGAUUCAAAAUCUUGAUACGAAUUUCGUCUCCGAAAAUCUUUAAGUCAUUUCUCUGUUUCUUCUCAUCGGAAAAAAAAAAACAAUGUUGUGUGCAUCAUCUUCGUUUGCUCUUUUGGGUCCUGCAUCAGCUAUGACUAUGGCUUCUACACCAGUUUCCAGAUUCGUUGGAUUCGGUGAUCGUACUACUCUCAGAAAUCCGCCAUUGGGAUACAUGGGUUUAUGUUCUUUACGGUCAUCAGGUAUGAUCUUGAUCAACGUCGUCGUUGUUCUUGGAAUUGGAUUGAAAAGAAGAAGAUGAAUCCAGCGAUUAGAACUGCUUCAGCUUCUGCUUACCCUCUCUUUCUCAAUCAGCUUAAAAAAGACUCACCACGACCCAAAAAUUACAAAGAGGUCACUAAGCCAGCCCGCCAAAUGUUUGCUCGAGAGAUCUCUAAAUCGAAAGAUAGUGAAAUUUCGAUUGCAAAGGUUCUGUUGUACAUUGCUGCUGAAGAUGAAGCCUUCUUGGCUUUUAACCGGGAGAAGGAUGCUCGGUAUUUCAUGAAAGAGAUGGAAAUUUUCCUAGAUAAAUCUGAUCCGAGCAAGAAAGACUCUGAGGACCGGGAAAGUGUCCAAGAUCAAUCUGAUCUUAGUGAGACAGAUUCUGAGGAGCUAUUGCAGUUAGAUGGAAAGAGUAUAUCCGAGUGGCUGAGUGAACUAGAUGCAAUCUCCAAAGAAGUAGAGGCAGAAUUAGUCUCACGAGGCAUCGGCUGCCACUCGGUUCAAGUUCUCGAAGCUGUAAAUGCAAUUCUCUUCGAUGUGAGAGGCUUCGAGAGAACAUCUAUCACUACUUUAGAGCCGAAGUAUUCCUACCUUCACUCUGUACUUGACUGUAGAUGCGGCACUGCAUUUUUGUUUAGUGUAAUAUACAUUGAAGUUUGUCAGCGCCUCGGUGUGCCUAUUGUGGGAGCUCGAGUUGGGGAAGAUUUUUUGAUUUGGCCUAAAACGGAGAAUCCUGAAGAACUCUUUAAAACAACUUCAGGACAGAGCUUGUUUGCUAUUGUCAAUGGAAGGUGUGUUGAUGAUCCUGGAUCAAUGGCAUCAGAUUUAACCGGAAAGUCACUUCUUGACCUCGAUAUUGCGACAAACAGAGACAUAAUAGGGAUUGCUCUCGCCAAUUUGAUUAGGGUUCACUGGAGACGUGCUUCGAAGCCAUCCCCUGGACUAAUGCUGACUUCUCCUCUACUUAACAACUUCUGUAUUUCUAGUGAUCCGGUGUUGCGGCCUCAAGAUCUUAGGUUGGCUAUUGCGGCUGCAGAAAGGCUGAUGAUUUUGGAACCUCAUAACUUGCGACUUCGCAGAGACUUUGGUAUGAUGCUCUACUACAACAGGCAAUACGGAGAGGCGAUUCAAGAGCUGAGCAUAUGUAUGGCCUUUGCAUUUGAUGAAGAAGACGUAAAAGUGUUAAAGCUUUUCGUUGAGAAACUUCAUCUCCUUCGUCUGAUCUCUUCAUUGAAGUCUCCUCUUGGCUCUGAUCGCUUGACCGUUCCUUGACUUGUCUCUCUCUCUCCUCCACUUGUAAAUACUCUUGUUGUCUUUUUCACUGUGUCUCUAUUGUGUUUGGAAAACCCUUUGCGGGAGACAUGGAACUUUUGUUGUCUGUAACUCUUACUUUUCUUCUGAUCUGAGUAAUAAUAAUUGAUUUCCCCAUGAAU